CACGGCACUGAGCCCAGGAUGCUCCGCGAGUACCUCCUAGGAACCGCGGUCACUGCGGAGAGUAGAGGCGGCUCUGGCAGUGUGGCGGAUGAGACGAAGAAACGAAAAGUAGUCUUAAAUCAAGGAGUUUACUGUAGUAGAAUAUUUAUAACAUGGCGGCCAGCGACGCCAAUGUAGACACGCUGCUGCCAAAAAGGUCACCCCCGGAGCAGGACCGGAGAAAGCAGAGCAUGGAUUCUUCCAAAUCACCCCGAAGUUCCAAGCAGCAUCGUUCCAGGUCAAGAUCACAUUCAAGAGACCGAAAACGAAAAUCGACUGACAAGAGACACAGGCAGAGUCGCAGCCGGAGCAAAGAGGCUCGAAGGCGUGAGUGCGACAGAACCUCCAAAUUGCACAAAUCUGAGGAGCCACAUGAGCGUGAGCAGUCUGAGAAAGGCCGGGAGAGGCUGGUGGCUGAGAAUGGAGAGGAUCGACAUCGACGGAAGGAUAGCAAGACAUCGCGGGGCAGGAGCCACUCCAGGUCACGUUCACGAGAGAGGCGACAUCGCAGCAGAAGUCGAGACAAGCGGAGGUCUCACUCUCGGAGCAGGGACAGGCGCUCAAGAAGUCGGGACCGGAAACGGCGUGCCAGGUCUCGUUCAAGGUCACGGAGCAAACACAGACACCGGAGCAGGACUCGCAGUAAGAGCAGAGAAAGGAAGAAAAGGAGUGAAAAACCACGCAGGAAGACGCGUAGCAGGUCACCGAGUCCUUUGGCGUUCCGGGGUAGGAACACUGCCAUGGAUGCACAAGAAGCCUUGGCCAGAAGAUUGGAAAGAGCAAAGAAGCUUCAGGAACAGAAAGAGAAGGAAAUGUUGGAGAAACAGCAGCAGCAGCAGCAGGAAAUGGUUGCAGUAGCCGCCCCUCUAUUGUGCGAUCCGGUUGCUGCGGCUACCAGCAGCUCAGUCCUGAAUGUGGCGGCACUUCUGGCUUCGGGGACGCAGGUCACUCCUCAGAUCGCCAUGGCAGCCCAGAUGGCAGCUUUGCAGGCCAAGACCUUGGCAGAGACUGGCAUCGCUGUCCCCAGUUAUUACAACCCAUCCGCCGUUAACCCUGUGAAGUUUGCAGAGCAGGAGAAGAAGAGGAAGAUGCUGUGGCAGGGCAAGAAAGAAGGGGACAAGUCACAGACUGCUGAGCUGUGGGAGAAGCUGAACUUCGGAAACAAGGACCAAAAUGUUAAAUUCCGCAAGCUGAUGGGUAUUAAAGGUGAGGAGGAAGGUGGUGACCCUGGCCUGCUCAACGAUGAAGGCUUGAAGACUCUCCAGCAGCAGGAGGAGAUGUUCCGAAACUUGGAUGUUCAGUAUGAGAUGGCCAGGUCACAAACCCACACCCAGAGAGGAAUGGGUCUUGGCUUCUCUUCCUCCUUCUCCUCGAGGGGGAUGGAUACCCUGUGACACUGUCCUCCCUGAUCUGUACUUAGCUCCUAGGUAUUGCUGGGAAUUGUCAAAGAGUUGUUGUGGGUAAACCUAUCAUUUAUUUUGGGAUGGGAAGCUAGUGUACUAGCUUGCAUGGAUGUUGUAUUUGACCAUAAUUCAAGGGAGGGGGAAAAAGUCACCUGAACAUUCAUAUGUAAAUAGUGAAAUGCUGAUUUAGUUCAGCAGUUGAAAUCUUUUUAAAAAUUAUGCAAUGGUUUAAUGUGACUACGACAACCUGGGGAGCAGAGGUAAGAGACUGCUUUUUUGUACUAAAAUUGUAUAUAUAUUUUCAUUUGAAACAUUCUGUAGCUGUAAAGUCAAAGAUCAGUACCAUUUCAUCUGGGGAAGGAGAUAUGUUUGAGGUAUGUAGCGUUUGAUCAGAAAGCCUUUACUAGUUUUACUGUUCAAUUUCCUUGUAAAUCAGAGGGAGUAGUAUCCCUGGUGGUGGUUCUGUAUGUCAGUGCUGACAUCAGCAAUCCUUCAUAUAAAAUUGUUCCCUCAAUAAAAUGUAAAAAAUUGAAA